AUGCUGUUCAAUAUCGUUGUGGCGCUGAGUCUCUCGACGAGUGCCUUGGCCGGGUCCAUUCCCGACCUGAGAAGAUCCGACGACAGUACCCUCACCAACAAAGCCUGCAACAAUGCGUUGGAAAAGGAGAUUCACUGUGACAAGUUUCUGUCUGGGGUCAUGUCUGAAGACGACUCCCUGUGGACGAAGGAAAAAGUCGAGCUCACUGACUCUGUUUGCACCGACACCUGCUACGAUUCCCUUCAAAGCUGGUAUGACACAGUUACCGAUGCAUGCGAUAAUGGCGAGGACAAUUACCUGCUUCUAGACAAAGUAUCGCAUACAGGCUUGGGUGGUAGCAUUUGGGCUUCUUGGAACGAGACUUGUGUCAAGGACCCCAAAACAGGUCGAUACUGUCAGGAGAUCAUAGAAGGGUUCUCCGAGAUAGAAGACGGCGAACAGAGGUCCUACGAUGAGCUCUGUCACCCUUGCUAUGGCAAAGUCAUUACUGCAAUGACUAGGAGUCCAUCAUGGUUGCUUUCGUCUGACCCUGGCACCGACUACUGGAACGAUCAACUUGAGCUUGUCCAUAAAAUUUGCGGAGGUUCAGAUUCAUCCAAGUCUCGACCGUUUUUGAUUGGGACAGAGAUAUCUAAGGAAGAGUAUAGCUCAGGCUCUACUCACGGAACUACCAGUACCCUCUCCUCCGAUAUGAGCACCGUGUCACUUCAGCGCACCUCUUCAACAGGAACCGCGUCACUUGAGACUACCUUGUCGGAAAGUGAACCCUCGGAAAGCAAUGCUGCUGGGAUACUUGGAUUUGAGCAUCUAGGCGGAUACAAAUAUGCGCUAUUAGCCUUGGGGGUUGAUAUGUUUGUUAUCUAA